CGGAUGGGGGGGGGCGCCUGAGGUGUGUGUGUGUGUGCAGGGGAAGCUCCUCCGCGGGAGGUGGGAGGGGGCCCUCCCUGCGUAGCUGGAUAAAACCCAGGUCUGGACCCUUCACCCCCCUCAAAGGGUCCUGCUGGAGGUGGGGUCUCAAAAGUCCCUCCCUCCUUCCGUCCCGUGGGAGUAAGUGGCAGGCUCUCUUUCUGCUUCCCCCCCCCCCCGAGUGCUGCUCCCCCUCCUCCCCAUGGCACCCCUUUAGGGCGGUGUGUGCUCCCCUCUGCGUCCGCGUGCAUUGAAUGCAUUUCGCCCCCCCCUUUCCCCCACCUCAGCCCCCCUUUCCCAGUCCCUCCCGAAUUCCUGAAGUUUCCUCUGCACAAAAGGCUGGCUCCAGAGCAGAUUGCCCGGGGAGCCUGUUUCCCUACCCAGGGUCGAUGGGUGGGCCCUGGGGCACCUUUGGGUGGUGCCACCCGCCCACCUUAUUCGUUCAUUUUGACCUAACGUUGUCCUGGGGCUUUAGGGUUUCGGUUGAGGCUUCCCAGCCCUCCUCCUGGGCCUUGAGAGGACAGGGCUGGCUGCCCUUAGCCAUGGCAAAGAUUGGCUUGGGGGCCUUCCGAACUUGUGGAAAUGAUGGAUGCAGUGGGUAAGAGGGAGACCGUGCCCUUUUUUAUCUGAAUGGUCGAAACCUGGAAAUGCCUGUAAUCCAAAAAGGGCUUCUCUCGGGCCUUUCAGAAGGAGCAGCAAAAAUAAACCGCCAGAAGGAUGGUCAGACUCGCAGGACGAAUCCUGUUGCCGAGGAGAAACAUGGUCUCCCCUCCCUGGAUAACUGUCCUAGGAAAUGCCUGCAAGGGGGGCUGCCCAGCAGGUGACGUCUGAGCCUCCCCUGGUCUGCGUCUCCCCGGAGGAGGUCCCGGAGAAUCCGCAAGGAGUCGCUGGGUGUGGUGAUGGAGAACUACGAGCUGGUCACUUCCCUGGGCUACCCGGUUCUCAAACCUGAUCUCCUGUCUCGGAUCGAGCGUGCUGGAGAGCAGUGUGUUGGUGAUCAGCUGGACUCUAGCAGAGGGAUUCCAGCAGAUCCCUGCCCAGGCUACCGGUUCUUCAAACCCGAGAGCUUAUCCUGGAUCGAACGGUGGGAAGAGCUUGGCGUCACGGAUCGCCAGAAGCUGGAGGAAGGCAAGCUGUGCACAGGCUCCUGCCAAGGAGCAGCCGGCCGCGGCAAGGCCAUCAAGGAGGAGGAAGGUGGCCAGAAGGGCUUUGUGGCCAGCUUAGAGCGCUACCAGCUCUUCCCCGACAGCUCCCGAGCGGGCCUUUUCCUGGCGCCCAACGCUGCCCAGCUGCGGGCACAGCAGCCUCGUGUCAAGAAGGAGGAAGCGGCCUCAUGUGAGCCGGGCCUGUGUGGCCCCGGGCGCCCCUCUCAGGGCCUGGGCUCGGGCCCCUUCGCCUGCGUGGUUUGUGGGAAGUGCUUCCGCCAGAAGCAGGGUCUCAUCACGCAUGGGCGCAUCCACACGGGCGAGAAGCCCUACCCCUGCCUAGAGUGCGGCAAGCGCUUCCGCCAGCGCCCCAACCUGCUGACGCACCAGCGGGUGCACACAGGCGAGCGGCCCUUCCCCUGCCUGCGCUGUGGCAAGCGCUUCAGCCAGAAGGCCAACCUGGCGGCUCACCAGCGCACCCACGCCGUCCAGGAGGGGCUGAUUGCCCCAGAGCCCAAGACGCCCGUGCCGCGGGGCAGCCGCCAGACGGAGAAGCCCUUCCCCUGCAACGUCUGCGGGAAGAGCUUCAGCCAGCGGCCCAACCUCAUCACCCACCAGCGGAUCCACACGGGCGAGAAGCCUUUCGCCUGCACCGAGUGCGGGAAGCGCUUCAACCAGCGCGCCAACCUCAUCACCCACCGCCGCAUCCACUCGGGCGAGAGGCCCUUCCCCUGCGCCACCUGCGGCCGCCGCUUCAGCCAGAAGGGCAACCUUGCUGCCCACCAGCGCACCCACUCCCAGCAGAGGCCCCACGCCUGCUCCUGCUGCCCCAAGCGCUUCAAGGGAGAGUCGGCCCUCCGAGCGCACCAGAGGACCCACCGGCAGGUCCUGGGCGCUGACCCGCUGGCCGGAGCCCUCUUGGCGGUGGCUCCUGGCCUCCAGCAGCAGGCCCCCCUCCCCGGGGACCCCACCUCGGCCGCGCAGAGGGCCACGCCGGCCCCCCGCCAGGAUCUGCCCGGGGACCCCACUCCGGGCGUCCAUCGGGCUGCCCCCUCCGGGCAGCAGCAGCAGCAGCAACAGCAGCAGCAGCCACAGCAGCAGCAACAGCAGCAGCAACAGCAACAGCACGGAGCCCCUCAUGGGCCACAGAGUCUUCCCGCGGACCCUCCACCUGGUCCCCACGCAGCAGCGGGCCCCACUGGACACCUCCAGGGUGUGGCCCCCGGCUCGGAGCAAGGGCCGAAGCUGAGUGCCCCGCCGGCCGUGAUGGACCCCCACGCCGAGAUGCUCCACUGCCAGCGCCGGCUGAGCCUGCCAGCGCUGCCCACCUCCAGCGCCCAUUCCGUGGUGCCCAUGGGGCAACCGCAGCCCAUCACCACCAAACCCAAGAGCCUGGUGGGGCCGCGGCUGGACGCCCCUGGCGAAAUGCUCCACUGCCUCUGCCACGCCAGCAGGGCCUCGCUGGUCAUUCCUCACCCGCCCCACCUGGGGCAGCUCCAGGCGGGGGCCAGGGAUGCACCUGGCCGCGCCUGGCUGGGCAUCCCGUGCCCGGCCCGCACCCUGCAGCUCCAGCAGGGGGCCCAGGGCCACCCCGCCGCCCCCAACCCCAGACUCUGCUCCAUCCCGGAUUCCCUGCGAUAGCUUCCUCCUCCCCAAAGACGGGCGCUGUGCAAGCACAGAUUGGUGGGGGCUGGGCUUGGCCCUCCCCACAAAGGACCUCCCACACAUAAACAGCCCCCGGUGGUGGGGCGAGGUGGUGGGGCUCAUGCAUGUAUUGUGGACAGGAGAGCCCUCAGCCUGCACCGACCCCCAACCCCCAAAUCUUGAGACACGUGCAAAAAACACCUCUUUGCUCCUGCAUCUCCUGGCACAGAAAAAGAUUGAUAUUUCUUGCAGUGCCACCAGACUUCUCCCCCUAGAAGCUUGAGCCCGCGGGGGUGUCAUUGUGCCAAGUGUAUUUUCUUCAUCCCUACAAUCUCUCCCCCCGCCCCCAUGUAUCACACCCUCCUCCCUCCACCCCAGGAACCAGCGGAACUGCUCGACUGCCUCGUGCAGCACAGAUGUGGCGGAAACCUACGAAAGGGGCCAUCCUGCGAGCAGACAGCGUCUCCAGACUGGCAGGCAGCAAUGUUAUAGGGCCUUCCUUUGAAAAGAGGACUCUGGAGAGGACUUGCUUUCUUCCCCUCCUUCCACAUGCCUGCUGUCGCCUAGCAAAUUCCAGCUGGGAUCUCUUGCCUUCGGGGUCCAGAGUGGCAGGUGCAGGAUGAGGACAACACCCUACGUUUUUAACUGGGAGAUGCCUUAGCUGCCGUGCCGUGCGAGGCCAGCCAGAGUUGACCAGCACAAAGGAACCAUGGGAACAGCUGCCGCUGGGCUCUGCAGGCAACGGGCUAACUGGGGAUCUCGCUGCCUACCAGAUCCCGGGCUCCUUUCCCUCGUUCGCCCUGUGCAACCGACUAUACCGAAUGCAGGAGAUUCGGGUGAUGAGGAACAUUACCAGUCUGCUGCAGGAGCUACACCGAUGGUUGGAUUUUCCGGGGUGGGGUGGGUGGGGGUGGCGAACUUGUGCCAAGAACCCUUGCCCAUAAUCUCCAUGCUCCCCUUUUGCUUCCUCGCAGGCAGAGCAGACUCUUGGCGCCUCUCCUGCCCGAUGGAACUCUGCAUGCUUUGCCUUUUCACGGAGAAGCGGGGCGGGUGGUUGAAGGAGGGAAAGACACCCCCCCCCAACCUCCAAUGACUGGGAGAGGGGGGGGAGGACUUAAGCAUGCUUCAGAAGCGGCGUGUUGCUACGGAGCGGUCCGGAUCCUGGGCGCAAGCAGCAAAGUCCACUCUGCGAGGAGAGCUGGGCUUCCUUUGUCUUCAGCCUGCGGAUUGGGGAGGGGGUGCUGGUGGGAAGCAGCCCCUCCACAAGGCCGUCCAGUGAGCUCUGGGCAGCUGUGAAGAGGGGAGGUGGCUGCUCUGUCCCCAAUCCUGGGUGCAACUGGUGGCCUAGAAGCACCCAAAGCUGCCUUCCCCAGGCCUGGUGCCCUCCGGGUGUUUUGGAGCAGAAACCCCAUCUCCGCUGGGACUGAGUUGUGUUGCAAAACACCCGGAGGGAGGCCACCAGGCUGGGACCAAGGCUGGUCUGUAGCGUAGGCGUGGAUGAAGUAUGGAAGCGUUGACCAAAGAGGAGGAGGAGUGGAGGGAUGUCCAGGGGUCCCUCCCCUCGGGAAGGCUGGGUUGUGGGGCAGGAGAAUCAGCCGAAGCACUUUACACGUGACCCCCGUUUGGCCCCCUUGACCUCGGUUCUGCCUUCUGCCAUGGGGCUUGCCUCUCUGGCUUCCCCACUGUGUGUUGACUCUGGUCUGCAGAGACCGGGCUGGCUUGAUGGGCUAGAGAGCUUGCUGCAUUGGCUCAGUGGGCAGCCAUGUUGGUUUUGGGGCGUGCCAGCCGGCUGCUUGUUCCUCCCCUGCUUUGCAAGCUCCCCUCGGGAUGCCACCCCUUGGAAAAAGGACCCCAGGCAACGAGAGGGGGAAUCUGUGCCUUAAGCUCUCAGAUCCCCGGCCCACUUUGUCGACCCAUCCUGGUUGGAGGGUGGCAUCGUGGCGGGGAGGGUGUUGACUGCACAUAAAACCGGGUCGGGUGCUUUAGAAGCCGUGGGCAGGGCACAAUCAGGUGGCAGAGGAGAGAGUUGUGGGGUAUAAGAGGCAUGAGAGCCCCACAGGAGUCCAGGCUCCCAUAGCGGGGAGAAGGGGGGGGUGAAAACUGCAUGCCCCAGACAACGCUGGCUCUUGAGGGGCUGCAGGCUGUCAGGUCGUCUUGGCCAGACUGUGCCCAGCUGAGGCCCAACAAGUGCUGUUGGAUUCCCAGCUCCCGCCAGGCCCAGCAGGCAAAGGCUGGUUGAGAUGCUGAAACUCUGUGUCUGGAGGGGAGGCCCAGAUGUGGGGGGGGGCAAGGACCCCCGUGCCAGAAAAGUGCAAAAUGCCCAAGGAGAAAGCGGGUGGAAAGAGAAGCAUGAGAGAGCCAGGAUCCAUGCAACACAGCUGAUAAAGUGAUUGGAUCGUCUAAGGUGUCUGCAUUUCGCCAUCCCUCUGGCUAUCAGCCGUUUUUUGUGUGUGGCUUGGGGGGGGCAGUGCAAAGGGUUAACGUACUUAUGUGCACAAACAAAGGGGCAGCUCCCUGUGGCUGCAGUGCAGGGGGAAAGCGGGACGCUGCCCCGACUCGUAGCAAGGCUGGAGAAUUUAUGUUCGGUCCUUUAGCAUUUGGGGAAUGGUUUGUUUCCCCCUCUCAAGGACCCGCUCUGGUGUCUCUGGGGGUGGGGGGGGAGUACCUCGGGUGCCAAGAUGCAAGGGUCUCCUGCAGUCGGGAGGGAUGCAGCCCUUGCCCCCAACCUCUGCACUGUGCAGCUUCCUGGCUCUCAGUAAAAGUCACCCCUUCCCCAGGAGGCUGGAGAAAAACCUGGGUCAGCUCUGGCCACAGGAAUGUCAAACGCCUCCCCCCUCCAAGGCUCCUCCUCCAGGCUGGGCAUUUGUUCCAGGCUAAGGCGACACUCCUAAACUACCUGAGCUGCUAUGGAGGGAUCCCGACUGGAGAAGGUAGCUCUCCUCUCUGCAGAGGGCAGUCUUGGAAGCUCACAAGGGCCCCUUCUUGCGCAGGGUUUUAGGGAAGCCCUUGGUGGCAAUCCCAGGUCCAGGGCACCUGUGGGGAAAAGAGAUGCUCUGCUUGUGCCUGGCGGAUCUUUUUGGACUGGUGACUUAAAUGCAAUAUUUGUGUUUGUUAGGAGGAGGCAUGGGCGCUAACCCCUUUGGGGAGGAGGGAGCAGAAGAACAAUUGUUGGGAGGGGGGGUUGUGGGCAAUGGCAGCAGCCAAGGAAGCUCUUUUCGGUCCUUGUGUUUGUGUCCAGUUGUUUGGCCUUCACCUUGGUGUUCUGUGCUGUGGGGAGGGUUCUGGGGUGGGGCGGAACACGUUGGCACAGGUGUGCUUCCUUGGCAUUUCCCCGGUUGCAUGCUGAAACCCAGGCGGGUGGGCGUGAGAGGGGGCGGUGGCAGGGGGAGGCAGGAGCAGAGGGAGCUGGCUGCCAGCCUCUGCAGUGUGCUGUCUGCAAAACUAUUCAGCUGGGGGAGGGGGUGGCCCAAGGAUGCGGGAGGUGGGCUGCCCAGCUCCCUGCGCCAGUGUUUCCGCGCAUCUCUGGCCCAUUUAGAACCAGACAAGGUGGUACUUGGCUGUGACAGGAGCACCCUCCCCACUUCUAGUAGCACUGGCACCCCUGGUGCGGCCGCAUAAGAACUUGCGCUCCUUUUUCUCCCUUCGGAGCUACCGGUGGCUGCCCAAGCCGCAGGUGGGGUGUCAGAUAGACUGGACUCUUGUGUGCCCCAGUGAAAUUCUGUUGCCUUUGGGGGGGGCUGUGUGUGCGUCUUGUUUUACGGGGAGCCGUUUCCUCCCCACCCUGCCUUGCCAUGCAUUUUUGCUUACCCCAGCUUGCUUGAGCGUCCUCUUGACGCUCUCUGUCCUGCAGACGAAAUGUCCUGAAGUGCCCUUGCCCUCUUGCUCAUAGCCCAGAUUAGGUAGGCAAAGGGGUCUUGGUGGGUGAACCGUCUUUCCUUGAGGCCUGGUUGCUUGGACCUUGUUGAGGAGUUUCUGGCUCCUCCUAACUUUACAUUUUCCCCCUUGCCAUCAGCGAUACCCAGUCAGUUGUGUUUGGGGUGGUGUUAGUUCCUCGAUUGAUGCAAUACUUACCAAGAAGACUUCUGUUGCAGGCUCUGGGUCACUGGAAUCCCACCCCCCUUGGUUCCUUGCGACCCAUAGUAGCUUAAGUGUUUCUUUCACAGCUGCAGAGAGACCCCGACUCACCAGGAUCCCUGCUGCAUGUUGCAGCCCCCCCCCUUGUGGUUCCAGGCAGCAGCCAGCAGGCUCUUAGCCCUCUUUCAACCUGGUUUUGCUUAUAAGGAGCUUCACCAACUGGGCAGCAGCCUCGGAGUGUCCUCAGCAUCGCACGUCUUGCUACCCCGUGGCCACUUCUUGGCUCCUGCUGCCUCCCUAGUUGCCGUCCCACCCGCAUCCUGGACGGCUGUGUUACAGGCAGAAAAUGCAACAGGCGAAGCUUAUCGCAUGCUGCUCAAGACUGCAGCUGCCAAAUGUUGGCCUGUCACGGACCUGCUUAUUGAGGAGUGAAGGGGGAAACUGGUGUGGGCAGACGAUGGGGUCUUGCUUGUGCCGUUCCCUGCUGCUCCUUACAGUCCAACCGCAGGUUCCUCGCCAAGGCAGAAUAUCUGAGGAUAUGAAGGGGGGGGGGACCACAAACCCCAUGCCAAUACUUAAGCAAGUGUAACGGGAAGAGAAGGAGGGUUGUUGGCUGGGUCGAAGUGGUCCUCACUUCUUCCUGCCCUGCAGUUUGACAAACAGGAUGAACUGAGCAAUGGCUGGGCGCGUGGGAUCCUUGGAAGAAAGAGUGCAAGACGACCAGGUGGUUCUGAGCACCCCCUGCGCCAAGUCCAGCCUUUAAGUGCUUCAAUUAGAACCUCCCUUUUUGGAUCUGCCUCCAUCGUACAUUUUAAACUGGCUCGGAACCUGUCUAACUGCCUUUGCACCUGAGUAGGAGACUUUCUGGGGUCCCAGUUUGGCUAGUUGUGACAAAGACCCAUUGAAAGCGAUGGGACUUUCAUCCUUCACGAAAACUAGGCGACUCGGUUCCCCUCCCCCCCCUCAGUUGAGGUAAAACGUGUGUAAAGAAAAUACAGUUUAUAUUACAAUGACAUUAACAUCUCAUAAACGCAGUAAUAUAAAUCCUUGAUGGACCAACCUGUCAAUCGAAAUUCCUCGGUGGCCGCCUUGUUGAAAACAUAGCAUUGCAUUGUGAUAGAGCUUUGAUUUCUGAUCUGCGGUUGCUUAAAGGAGAGCAAAAAGUGUCCCAAAUGCACUUUGGGAAGUUUCCCAGUGAAGGCCUUCGACAUUUUAAGCCUUCUCAGGUGGAAGAUGCUGGAAAUAUUUGACUCGGGGAAGUUGAUUUGUUGGGCAUGUCAUGGUGCUAGCAAACCAGAACUCCUUUGCAUGUUGGAGCAAAGUGUAUUGUGUUCUCCUUCAUGUAGUUGCAAAUCAGAAAUCAAAGGCUAUUGAACUGUGAUGCUAGGUUUUUUUAACAAAGCCAUCAAUGAAGGUGUUACUUGGCCCAUUAAGGAUUUCCAGCAGCAGGUCUCUUUGUGAUACCCCCCCCCCCGAAAUAAAAAACAAUUAUUUUCUCUGUGUGUUAUUUUAACUCGGUUUCCCCAGCCCCAGUUCAGCAGGGCUUAAAUCAUGAGUUUGAUCUGGACUGUUGCUUCUAUGAAGAUGAGGCUUCCUAAAAUAUAAACCUCUACAAAAUCUCACUUCUCCAGGAUUCCUGUGCGCAGGACCUCCCAGUGGCUUAAACCGGUUUUGAACAGGCUUUUGUGCAUCGCCAAUGUAGGCCCUUGUAGCUUCUGUGCUUGUCUGUCGUUUUGUUCUGUGGCUUGGAGGGGGCGACUAGGCAGAGGCAGAAAAGGCCUGAGAGGCUGGGGAUCUUUGGGGAGCAGCGUGGGCCCAGCCGAUCUGGGGGAGAACCGCUUCCGGCCCUCCUCCGCUCUGGAGCUUGAAGCCAAAGCCUCGUGCCUGACACCCCCUUGCCCUGGACAUUUGCAGUUUGGGCGCGGCAGAUGAACCCACAAAAAUUAAGUAGGAUCGAAGAACACCAUUGCCUUGCAGGAUCAGAACCAGGUCCCAACACUCUGUCUCCAGAAGAGACGAAAACCCACGAGCGAAUAGCCCCGUUGUGUGCUGAAAAUACUCUUUGUUCCUCCAGGACCCUCUGCCGACCGCUUGCAUUGGACUUGCUUGACCCAUCCGGAUUUCAGCUGGACAUUUGGGGGUGGGAGAUCCCUGACCCCCCCUAUAAAUCAUGACUCCCUCUGUAGCUUGGAGGAGGAAGGUUUCUAUCUGGCAAUGUUGGGUUCCUCCUAGUUCUGGCCCAGGCAGGCAACAGGCUGAUGCAAUGAGGUUGCAGUUGGGUGGGCGGCAGCCAGCCUGGAGAGGGAGACGGGUGGACAAGCCAACAUUAGUUGGCUGGAAACAUUUCUGUGACAUUGCCAGAAAGCCCCCCCCCCCGCCUUGCCCUCUCCUUGCCCCCCCUCCCCCUGCCUCCUCCAUGAGUUGCCUCCUUUUACGACAUGUCAAUAACUUCAUCCCCAUUAACCCAGACGGGCCCCUUAGGGCUAUUCCAGAUGUAUUAUUAUAAUAAUUAUUAUGUUUUAUUAUUAUUUUCUGAGCUAUGUUUGUUUGCAAUAAAGGCUUUCUUACAGUU